AACCCAUCUUUUAACUCCCAACAUCCAAAGGAAAGAAAAUUUUUAAAAAGCCAAAUUAUAUUUUGCGUCACAGAGAAAAAUGGGAAACUGCUUGGUUCUGAGAGAGCAAGUUAUAAAAAUCGUGAAACCGGAUGGGAAAAUCCUCGAAUACAGAGCACCCAUGAAAGUUUACCAGGUGCUCACUGAAUUCUCAGGGCAUGCUAUAUCAGAGACAGCCUCGGUGAUGAAGCAUCUAAAGCCAGAAACCAAACUCCUCGGUGGUCACCUUUACUAUCUUGUACGUCUCCCUUUGCCGGCAAACGGUGCUUCCAAGAAGAAGAAGGUGAGGUUUUCAGAUCCUGAAAUGGACGAAGCAGAUGCAGGACAAGAAAGAAAGAAAACGACGUCGUCAUCCAGUGUUGUAAGGAUUAAGCUUGUUAUCAGUAAGCAGGAACUCCAGGAGAUGUUGAGAAAAGGAGGAAUUUCAGUGGAUGACAUGGUCUCUAAGCUUCAUAAUGGUGGUACUGGAAAAAGCAUGGGUAUGGACGAUGAUAAUGGUAAUAAUGAUCGACAUGGUUGGAAACCUGCAUUGGAAAGCAUACCAGAAGGAAACUAGCAAUAAGCAUAUAUACACAUAUAUAUAGACAGAGGAUUAACAUACAAAGAAAAACAGUGUACCCAGAAAAGAAAAAGAAAAGGAAAAAAAAAAAAAAAAAAGAUAGAUAUUGGGAAGAUUAAUACAGUUUAGAUUAACUUUUCGAUCAUCAUAAUUUAGUCCUUUUUUUCAUUAAUUUUUAUGCUCGUUAAUUUUACUCUUUCGUUGUCGGAACUUGUUAUAUUUUGAUUGUUUGCCAGAACGCUCACAAACAAAUAGAGUUAUCUCCUAAAGCAGUUCAGGUUAAUGUUAAAACCAAGAAUUAAAAGUACCGAUGAUUGAUCGAAAAUUCAGAGUGUUUUUAAAGUGAUAGUUAACUUUUUCUUAGAAAAAGCAUGGGUCCAUUUUAAAACUGAAUUUAGGAAGUUAGAAAUAUUCAGAACAGAAAAAGUUGGAUUUUCUUAAAAUAGAUUAUUUUGAAGAUUUUGAGUUACCAUAUAUUGCUAUGACGUUUAUGGUCCUACCUAAAAUUUUCAGGACACACAAUAAAGAAAAAGAAAAAUCUUCAUCGACUCAAACCCCUUUUUUUAAUCACAUAUUAGUCCAAAACAACUUAGUAGAAAAAAACAAUUUUUUGAUCAAUCUCAAUCUAUACGCCCUUAGC